GAUGAUCAAGCUCUGGCUUCGUUAUAAUGCGUUGAUAAUGAUUGAAUGUAAUCAAGAGUUGAAUGACAAUUUCCCCCUUGAUUUUCUCGAAUAUGAAUGCAUGAACAAAAGAUACCUUUUAUCUGAAUUAUUGAUUUUUAUUUUGCUGGCAUUCUUCGAGUUUGGCAAGUUUGAGUUGAAUUUCGCGAAUCUGGGAUGCUGUGCAUAUUUAUUAUUUAUUUUUGAAUCAUGAUGAUAUGCGUUACUGAAUGUAAAAAUACAAAAUUUGUUUAAUUCCUUUUUUUCGUGUUGAUAAAUUUCCUUGUAGUUUUCCCCUGAUUAUGUAAUUUUGCUCUUGGGUAUAACUGUUUACUGUGACAGAAUUUUGACAUCAAUUGGAUUCAUUUUUAAUUAAAAAAAUAACUAAAAAGAAAUCUGUUUCCACUGCGGCUUACCGUAAAGCAGAUAAACUUGUGGUGGUGUAUGCGACACUUUGACUUAUUACAACACUUCAAAUUGCAGCUAAACACUAUACUAUAUCUUUAUGCCUUCAUUGUGUAAUGCUUUGUAUGUAUUAGUAGCUUUUAGAUAGUUUCUCUGCAAGCAAACUCUGUAUUUCGGCUAAAUUCAAAUUUAACUCCGAUAAUUACUAUGUAAAUUUUGACUUGUACAGAUCAAGUUGGAGUCUUUAGUUUGAUCUAAGAAAGAGCUCUAGAGCGGUUGCUUCUUUUAGGUUGAGAUAUUAUCUUGAUAUCUUUACGUUGUGAAGAUGGUUGAAAUUUAGUUACUGGUAUUAGUUAAUCCAGGUACCCAAGCCUGAACAGUGGUUCAUAUGCUAGCUGUGUUUAAGCUAACUUAUGUUAUCAGACUUGGUGGCAAGUGAUGAUACUAAUAAGCCAUCAGCUGACCUGAUUUGCGUUGGUGUAUAUAAAUGGCCAUAACUCAAUGUGGAGAAGGAGAUGGUACGGAGUGAAUUGGAUUCAGAAACAAAAGAUUUUAGAAAAAGAAUCAGCAAAAAUGAUAGUGGAAGCCUAGUUUUUUUUUUUUUUUCCACGAGCUUUCAUUUUCAGUUUAGUGUGAUGAAAGAUGGAAUGGUCAAUGUAAAUUAUCAAUUUGGUAAUGUGGAUGGAUAGAAGAAGAUUCUGAUUUUGAAUAGCUUUUCUUUGAAAGGAAUGAGCCUCAAAGUAAACCUUUAGAUAAAGAGAGACUCUUUCCAUUGAGGGAUUUUGCAUAUGAAUGGUACUGGCAACAUGGAUAAUGAAUUUUUUCAUUUAAGGGCUACUGGAACUGAGAAGCAGGUGGCUUUUGACAUUGAAAAUGGGACUGGAAGGGGUACAAUUGUUGGCUCCCCCAUUUCUGUGAAUUCUCAUGGAUCAUUGGAAAAAGUCUCCAGGAAUUCAUUUUCUGUUUUGAAGACAUUGUUUUUCAUACUUUUAUGGUACACUUGCAGCCUAUUUUUGACCUUGUACAAUAAAACUCUGUUAGGAGAUGAUUUGGGAAAGUUCCCAGCUCCUUUAUUGAUGAAUACUGUUCACUUUGCAAUGCAAGCUGUGAUAUCAAAAUUUAUCACUUCGUUUUGGUCUCAUAAAUUCCCAGCUAGCAUUGUCAUGACUUGGAGGGAUUACUUUUUAAGAGUUGUACCAACUGCUCUUGGAACAGCAAUGGAUGUUAACCUGAGCAAUGCAUCUCUUGUUUCCAUCUCUGUCACAUUUGCUACAAUGUGCAAGUCUGGUGCUCCAAUUUUUCUGCUUCUGUUUGCUUUUGCUUUCAGGUUGGAGACGCCAAGCUUUAAACUCUCAGGCAUCAUGAUUAUUAUCUCUAUUGGGAUACUAAUGACAGUUGCAAAAGAUACAGAAUUCGAAAUUUGGGGAUUCAUGUUAGUUAUGCUUGCUGCUGUUAUGUCUGGUUUUCGCUGGUGCAUGACUCAGAUCCUUUUGCAGAAAGAAGCAUAUGGUCUGAAAAAUCCACUUACCUUGAUGAGCUAUGUAACGCCAGUAAUGGCAUUGGCAACAGCUCUUCUCUCUCUUGCCGUGGAUCCAUGGGAUGAGUUCCAAGAUAACAAUUACUUUAAUAAUCCAUCAAAUAUCAGUCGAAGUUGCUUGCUGAUGAUUUUUGGUGGGGCACUUGCCUUUCUGAUGGUAUUAACUGAAUACAUUCUUGUCUCUGUAACUAGUGCAGUCACAGUCACAGUCGCAGGGGUGGUCAAGGAGGCUGUUACCAUUUUGGUUGCGGUCUUGUACUUUCAUGAUGAAUUUACUUGGUUAAAAGGAUAUGGUCUCAUCACUAUUAUGAUUGGGGUCAGUUUAUUCAAUUGGUACAAAUACUGGAAGCUUAAGAAGGGCCAUGCAGUUGAAGAUCUUGCAGCAGGGUCCCCAAAAGAUUCUGUGGAAAAUUAUGUUAUACUUGAGGAUAGGGAGGAGCAACAUGAUAGCUUGGAAUGAGUACUGGGCGGGUCAGCUUGAAUCAUGUUUGCAGUCUCAUGUUAAGGAUCCUUCCUGUUGUAUUUCGGGAAAGCAAUUUUUCAGAUAUGUUGAGCUGUUACCAGCAUUAAUGCUGAUGUGGGAGGUUACCUUCCUCUAGUUUCUGUGAUUAGAAUAUGUGGUUCUCUGUAAGAAUGUGCUGAAUCUGAGGCAGAUUUUGGCAUUCUUUUUUCCGACAAGAUAAUAAAUACAGUGUAGAAUAUUACAGGUUGUAAUGGAUCAAGUGUUUUCCUUACUUCUGUUGUCUUUCUUGGAGGAAUUUUUGUUGCUGAUCUUGUUGUAAUCAGUUUGCUAUGUAAUAAGUGCACUUCGAAAGGUUAUUGCAACGGUAGUGCCUCAUCAACGUACACUGCCUUUGAAGGA